UAAGUACGGAUUUUAAAGGGGACGUGUGAAAUCGUGACGCGCGCAGUUAGUUUCACGAGGGCAUCCACGGCGAUCGCGCUCUCUAUCCCUCUGUCUCUCUCUUUCUCUCCCUCUCUCCCCCUCUCUUCGAGAAGUUCGAGGUUAACUCCCAACGUCCCAGCUCGGACGUCACUCGCCACAACGCGACGAAGAGAAGCGGUAGUUUGUGUAUCAAGAAACGGCGACGCCUGGUCAUCAUGACAGAGGAGACUCGUAAGGAGGUUCGCGUUUGGUGUGAUGGGUGUUACGACAUGGUGCAUUUCGGGCAUGCAAAUUCCUUGAGACAGGCCAAAGCAUUAGGAGAUUAUUUAGUGGUAGGUGUUCACAAUGAUGAAGAGAUUACGAGACAUAAGGGCCCUCCUGUCUUUACCGAACAAGAAAGGUACAAAAUGGUGCGUGGCAUUAAAUGGGUGGACGAAGUAGUCGAAGCUGCGCCUUACGUUACUACAUUAGAAACAUUAGACAAGUAUAAUUGUGAUUUUUGUGUUCAUGGCGAUGAUAUCACUAUGACGGCUGAUGGUGUAGAUACUUAUCAUUUAGUCAAGGCAGCCGGUCGUUAUAGAGAAGUUCAACGGACAGCUGGCGUUUCAACGACUGAUCUUGUAGGACGCAUGCUGCUAAUGACACGACAACAUUUUCGACAAGGCGACAACGAGUACAGCGUUGAUAGAGAACCGAGCAAGCGUAUGGGUCAGGAUAGAACUGCCCGGAGUCCGUGGACCGGCUGUUCGCAAUUUUUACCGACCACGCAGAAAAUAAUUCAAUUCAGCGACGGCAAAAGUCCACAGCCGGACGACAAAAUUGUGUACGUGGCGGGCGCGUUCGAUCUUUUUCAUGUGGGGCACUUGGACUUUCUGGAAGUCGCUAAAAAGGAGGGCGACUAUCUCAUAGUCGGACUGCACACGGAUCCAGCUGUUAACCGAUACAAGUACGGCAAUCAUCCCAUUAUGAACCUUCACGAACGAGUUCUCAGUGUGUUGGCGUGUAAGUACGUCAAUGAAGUUGUAAUCGGCGCACCGUAUGCAGUCACAAGAGAUUUAAUGGAACAUUUCAAUGUUUCUGUUGUGUGUCAUGGACAAACACACAUAAUGCCCUGUGAGGAUGGUUCAGAUCCAUAUACGGAACCCAAGAGGCAAAAUAAAUUUAAAUUGUUAGAUAGCGGUAACGACAUGACGACGGAGAAAAUAGUUGAAAGAAUCAUUCUUCACAGGUUGGAAUACGAGGAUAGGAAUUUAAGAAAGGAGAAAAAAGAGCUUGCUGCUUACGAAGCCUUCACGAAGUCUGAGAAAAAUGACAAGAUUGAAUAAUUAUUUGUUUUGUUGUUCACGAACAUUCGCAGUGUGUAUGUGUGAUAAUCAGAUUUUAUAAAGUCAAUAUGUAAAUAUGAUGUCACACUGACACUUAAUUUAUCGUUUCAAAAUGCCUUACAUAGAGUUGAAAUAGACAUUUAUAAUUGUUCGAACACGCUAGAAAAAUCGAUUAGUGACGUGGAGAGAUCAAAGUUGAUUUUCAUUUGUUGCAAUGAAAAGUGGUACACAACGAUAAUUGUGAAAUCGGACAAAUAUUUUAUAUGCAAGGUGUGCCAGAGCUAUCGCCAUUUCUUUCUCUUUUGUGGAUUUUUUAACCAAUUCUUGAGUCUAUUUGUCUUUAAACUUAUUAAUAUCUAUUAAGGAUUGCGAGAGUAAGGGGCUUAAUAUAUUAUUUUUUUUGAUUAUUUUAUAUAUGUAAGCUUUGAGUAAAAUUUUAAUUUGAGAUUUUGUUAAUCAAACGUAACAUGACACAAUAUCCUCUUUCAUGAAUCGGUUACUAAAUUGCGAGGAAUAGAGUCCAAGUCUAUAUCUUUAACUUUAAACAAACUUUAGCUGAGUCUUUUAACUAUAUAUCAUAAUUAUACUUUUACAUAACAUAAAUAUAAAAUUGACUUUGGAGAUAUACUUAUUUAUUGUAUCAUAUCUUAAGAAUAGUUUCUCAGCAGAUUUCUUUAGUAGAAACUUAAAUAAUUUCAUCAGAUUUUAUUCUAGUCACAGAUCUGGAACAUAGUCCUGGAACACCCUACAUAUCUUUAAAGACUUAAAAAGACUUUUAAGGUCUUAAAGAUAUAUUGUACGAUUAUAAUCGCCUUUGAAUGUAGAUAUGCUUAAUAAUUAUUGUCACAUGAUGUGAAUAUCGUGAUAUCGUUGCUUAAUUCAAAUAUAUUGAAAAUAAUCAUCGUAAGAGAUAAAUAAUUAUCGUAAGAGACUGGUCAUUGUAAAAACUAAAAUCAGGUAUUUUUAGGUCGAGUUGUUGAAUUUCGCAAUUUUAGGUAAUAUUUUCUUUUAUUGUACCACAAACUUAUUAUCAUUCACAUCUUAUCAUUUUGUCAUUCUAUAUCGUCUUUCUUAUGUCUCUCGUGUACACAUUAAAGCAUUUAUUAUUUAUGUUCGCACGAAGUUUUGAUAUUUUUAAGAGAUUGCGAAUUUCGUUUGAAUUUUACUGGAUAGUGACGUUUAGUUUUCAAAAAUCAUUUAUUCGUUCUCGUCGUGGAACGUCGUAUACAUUUUCUUACCUUUAUGAAAUAUAUUGUUUUAAAUAGCGAAAGUAUAUUGGAAUGUGACUAUGCAUACGCCGGUAUUCUAUAAUUCUUAUUUAGGAAUUACGAUACAAUCGAAAUAAGAGACAAAGAGUUAGAUCCGAUUUUAGUCUAAUUAAUUGAAAGUUCCUGAGAAUUUAUAGAUGCCUAUAUUUCUCGACGAUACGUUUCCGAUAGCGGUGUGCCGAAUUUUGCGAUUCAUAAGACAUUUGGCUAGAGAUAGAAAAAUCGACUAACUUUAAGUACUAGGUUUUCUAACGCGAAAUUAGAAUUUAUCCAAAAAUAUCAACGGAGCCAAAGAAGAUUAGGUUUAGAAUGUAUAUCGAAUAUAAAUUAAACGUAAAUUUAAAUUAGCGUUGAAUUUUAACUGUUUGUAUCUUGGAAAUAAGAAAAAUGCAUGGCAGGUUUCUUUGCAAAAUUCAUCAUAGUGUACAGAGACAGAGAAAAUAUGUUUUAGAUAAUUGUUUAAUAUUUGAAAAAUUGCUACGACUGAUUCAGCCGGGGAACCUCCAAACAAUUAAAAUACGAUAACCAUCAAACUUUCAUUAAGUAAGACUUGGUAACAAAGUCAAUUGUAAUCCAAUAAAUUCCCAUUAUUUUUUUUUUAUAUAUGAAACAUAGGCAAGUUUCUUCACAUACAAUAUCGCGAUGAUGACAUAUUGGCGCCGAUAAAUUCUCGGCAAUAAUUAAAUUACAUUAUAUAGAAAAAAUAUGAUAGUUUGUGAUUUUCUACAAGAGAAUCUACGCCGAGUAAAAAUUGUAACGCGUAAAAAUAUAUUUUCUUUUAUUUUAUUUUAAUUAUUUUAUUGUAAUCUUUUCUUUUAUUUUAUAUAAUAAAUAAUCAUUGUACACGGUCAUAUCUCUACAAUA